CUUAAUUUCUGUAGUUGAGUGUGUGAAGGCGAAGGCCAUGGACGGCGACGACAACAACAACAAUGGCCAUGGCACUCGCUAUGAGAUUUCCGCAUAUGAGAUUUCGUUACGCGCGACAGCGUUUUGCAUAACGCUACUAGCUACGCUGCUCACAAGUGUCGAUAAUGAGAAAUCCUCUUUCGAAGUCACCGUUCACUGCUGGAUGUUGAAGAUAUCAAAUGCAAUAGUAUGCUUAUACUUGGAAGGAUCAGCAAUACUCGCCCUGAUAUAUCACAUCAAAAAGGUCCGUACAGAAUUCCCAAGAUUUUUGGUGUUGGACACUGUCGUGAUGGCGAUGCUGUUCUCCGCUGCUACUGUGUCUGCCCUGCCCCCGACUCCAAUCACAGGCGUGUGGGAGUGGGACAUCAUUGGCUACCCGAUACUCAUGUCGUACCUUGGAUCCCUUCUGGUGAUAUGGCUCAUAUAUGCUUCAUUUCAAAGCCACAAUAAAAGAUACUAGUUCAAUACAUACGCUGGAAGAAAUUAACUACCAUGCAAAAUAUUGAGGUACAUCAGGAGAUCAUGGCAAGGCAAAGGUGUAACCGUACUGCUUCUCAUCCUUAUGAUUUUGUUUUUGGGACACUCUGAUGAAUAAUAUUUUGAAAACAAUUCGUAUCACACUAUUUGGUUUUUAAUGGUUGGAAAAGUUUAAAAUUUGGCUU